CAGGAAGAAAUAGGAAUUUUUGGAGUAUUAGCAUAUUAACAGACUGAAUUAAUGGAUAAAGUUAAUAUUACAAAAAUGUUUCAAAGUAUUCGAUGGGCAUUCAAUUGGAAGGAAUGGAAUCCAAGCGAGAAGGACUUUGCAUAUGCUGUUUCUUGCGUACAGUUAGAGGAGAAAGAAAGAUUAGGCAGAUUUGUUUUUCGUAAGGAAGUUAGGGCUUCUCUUGCAGGUAGAAUAAUGAUGAGAAAGUUUGUUAAUGCAUAUGGUAGUGUUCCAUAUAAUGAAAUUGUAUUUGCAAGGGAUAAAUGUAAUAAACCCAUUUUGAGGGAUGUGUCUUUGGGCUUAAGUUUUAAUGUAUCCCAUCAAGGUGAUUACACUGUAUUGGUAGGUGAAACGAGAAAGAUGACGCUAGGUGUAGAUGUAAUGAAACUUGAAUAUACCGGCGGGAAAGAAUUGCAGGAAUUUUUUCGCAUAAUGAAUAGAAAUUUCACAUCUUCCGAAUGGAACGAAAUAAACGACUCGUCCGUUAAUGAGUUUGAACAAAUUAGAAUGUUUUGCAGGCAUUGGGCAUUAAAAGAAAGUUACGUGAAGGCUACAGGUACAGGCAUUACAGUUGAUCUUAGGUCCAUUGAUUUCAAAACAAAUUCAGAGCUCAAACAGAAUUCUGUUACCACUGAUACAAUCUUGAACAUAAACGGUAUAAAACAAGAUUGGUUGUUUCAAGAAACAUUGUUAGAUUCACAGCAUUGCGUAGCUGUAGCAUUACAAGAAAAUGGAAAAGCUCCACAGAUGCAAAAUAAUCUCUUUGAAAUGAUAAGUAGUGAUAAACUCUUUGCGAAUACUGUUCCAUUAUUUUCGGAAGAUUCAGAAUAUACCGAAAAAUACUUUAAAAAAGAGGAACAUCCGUAACUACAUAAGGUUCAAGUUGUAAGAUAUUUGAUCUAUUAUUACUUUUUUUCCGUGGGUUAUCA